AUGAGGAAGGCAAGAGUCUUUAGCCACGAGGUGGUCAUGCCACGCAUGUCCUGGUCCCCCAAGAACCUGUACAACCUGAUCGCGCGGUCCACGGUUCCCUACCAUGCAUCACAGACCUCGUUCACCAAGACGGCGCUGACAAUGUACCAGCAGCGCUGGCGAUCCAAGCGCUUCCUCCGCGCCUAUCACGGCGACUGGAUCCCAGAGAAGCGCUUCAAGCGUUGGUUCCUCCCCACCGACCUGCCCCGCUUCCAGCCGCCGCAGGUCUCGACCGCAUCGACCUCGGGCUCCUCGACCGGGCCCAAGAUGGGCGGCGCGUUCGACCGCGCCAUGCGCCUCCGGACAUCCGUCAAGGGCAGCGGCGGACCCGGUCAGAACGGCACGCCGCAGAUGGAAAAGAUGCCCACCGCCUCGCUCUUCAUGCGCGACGUCGAGCGGAGGUUGGACGUCGUCGUCUUCCGCUGCUGCUUUGCCAGGAGCGCAUACGAGGCCAGGGCCCUCGUCGUCCAGGGCAAGGUCUCGCUCAACGGCAAGAAGUGCUCUGAUCCCAACGUCCAGCUCAACCCGGGCGACCUGAUCAGCAUCGAGCCCGAGGCGGUCCCGAUGCUCUCGAAGGAGUUGGAGAAGAAGGCGCUCAAGGCGCUCGCCGCAGAGGUCGCGACCGGAGAGGGAGCAUCGGGUAGCCAGCCGGCAGAGGGUAGCGAGGCAGCAGAGGCGUCGGAGGCGUCGGAGGCCGCCGUCGAGCAGAGCAGCGGCGAGAGCGACAGCGCACCAGCUUCCACAGAAGCUGCCGAAGGCGAGGGCGAGGGCGAGGGCGACAAGAAGGCUGCUGCCGCCGCCGAAUCUUCCGAGGCCGCCGACGCUGCCACCACCGACAAGGGCAAGGCAAGGCCGAAGACUCCCCAACCAAAAGUGCUGCCUCCGGGCGUUCGACCCUUCAACCUGCCGCCCUACGCUGCGCCCUUCCUCUUCAUCCCGCCAUACCUCGAGACGUCCUUCACCACCUGCUCGGCCAUCUACAUCCGCCACCCGACCAUUGUGCCGCACCGGGACCGCGAGACGGGCGUGUGGAGCUUCCGCACCGACCUGCCGUCGCCCUACCCGGCGGGCGGCGAGCUCUACUCGAUGGCCUGGGAGCUCUACGUCCGCAACUCGCCGCGCGUCCGCGGCCAGGCGAGGAGGAUCAAGGUCGAGGGCCGCGUCGGCAGGAACGGCUUCGUCAGUGCUAGGGCGAGGGACCUCGACAGGAAGAGGGUGGCCCUUAGGAGAGGAUGGGGAAGGACCAAGGAGGUUCGUGGGUGGAGGAAGACGAUCGACGUGGCACACGUCAACGCCGCUCCUGCUACCACGACCCGGACCCGAGCCUAG